AGUUAUGUUACAAGAAUUCAUUGUUAUAACCAUGAAUCGGUGAAAAAGUUGUAGUGUUAAAUGGAACUGCUUUGGGCAGCUUUCAGCCUCUUACUUUUUACUCUAUGUACAAGUAAGGACCAAAUACUGAAAGAUCAUAGAGGACGAAAAUUUGUCAUAGGAUUUCCUCAGCAAUUUCGCAAAUCAGGAUCACUCGACAUCUACAUUGCAAGCAGACAGCUAUCAACUGCUAACAUCACUGCUGAUGGCUAUUUCGAAAGUUUCACUCUCGAACCCAAUCUAUUGACUCAUGUUUCUCUUCCGAACGACUAUUAAUGAGCCAUGGCAAAGAAAACAAAGGAAUUUUGUUAGAAGUGACUCAGAAAUUGCUGUUUAUGGUCUCAAUCAAAUCGAGAAGACUACAGACGCAUUUUUAGGCUUGCCAGUUGACAUCCUUGGCACAAGAUAUCUUGCUGUUGGAUCAGAACCAUCUGCAAAUAUUGGUAUUCAAUAUUUGAAUGUGUUCUCGAUUAUUGCAACUGAAGACAACACAACUGUGACAGUAACACCAAAAGGUCGGUUACUGAUUGGUCGACAAGGAUUCAAAAGAAUCUACCAUCAAUACGGUAAACUGUUGACAUUCACGCUGAACAAGCUUGAAUCAUACACGAUCAGAAGUGUUAGCGAUAUAACAGGCUCGUUGAUCGAGUCAGACAAGGCCAUAUCAGUAAUAUCAGGUCAUGAGUGUGCUUAUGUGCCCGAUCCUUUCCGGUAUUGCGAUCACUUGAUAGAGCAGGUUCCUCCAAUUAACACGUGGGGCACACACUUCGCUGUUGUACCGUUAGCUACACGAAAGGAAUGACCUUGCUAAAGGUGGUGGCUGGUCGUGAUAACACGUGGGUAUUUUAUGACGGUAUAAUCUAUCCUGGUUGUCAAGCUUUACCCCUGGGUGGUAUAUGUAUAAUACGAGCUACCACCACAUCAAACCAUGAGAUCAGGACUUCUUCUCCAUCUCUUCUUCUUCAACUCAGCACAGGGAGUUCCGAGGAUAAUGUGGAGGCAGCAGAUCCGUUCAUGAUAAUAGUACCUCCAAUCGAGCAGUUCACUAACUCCUACCUGGUGACUACCCCCGGGGAGGAACCAAUUGCCUUACCAACUACAUCAACAUCGUGGUGGAGGAGGCUGAGGUGGACGGUCUCCGAGUAGAUGACAAACCGAUAGUAGACGUUGAGUGGAGUGAGGUCCCUCAUACCAACCUGAUCGGUGGUAAAGUCCCAGUAUCUAUUGGGAGCCACUUCCUACACCACACUAACCCCACUAUAAAGUUUGGUAUUGCUAUAUACGGGUGGGAUAGACAUGACUCUUACGGAUACAGCGGUGGUUUGCAAUUGAACGUGUUGGGACCGGAGGAAUGUGUACAGAAGUACGGAGCACCAGGAGACGGAAAAGAUAACGGACUGUGAUUUGAAUGUGGACGAGGAGCUGUACAAUAGUAUUGAUGACGAUCAUGACGGAGUGGUGGACGAGGACCUGGCAGGGUUUUCUAGCUGCGCUCUGACUGGUGGCUCCAACUUUAAAACCUUCUCCCAAGUAACGUAUGAACUGGAGGACCUUUGUGAGCACGUGUUAGCUCAGAGCUGCAACAAGGAGGAUCCUGACUUCUUCAUGAUUCGCGUUGCCCAGGUUUGUUUGAACUUAAAGGAUAACAGUUGUACUGAGAUGGUGAGAAUUUGCGGGUAGCACAUUUUAAAAUAUAAAUAAGAUAAUAUUUUAAGAUUUGUAGCGUUUUCUCGAAUACUAAAUAAAACAUUUAUAAAUAUUUAAAACUCUGGUCUGAUGUAUUUUUAACCGCGUGAAAUAUAAUAAUAAUAGUAAUAAGGUGCAAAUGAUUUUAGAAUUAAGGACAUUUAAGAAAUUUAUUUAUUUUCACAAAUCAUCAGUUUCAUGGAAACAUUCCCUUUUCCGGUGCCAUGAAUAUUUGCUCAUAUUAAAUCACUGCUUACGGGCACGAAAAACAACGUUCUUGGAAUACAAUCGCGACACGCCUUUGAUGUUUUUACAAAAUGUACCCCAUUUAUGAUCAAACAUUGGGUGUUUGUGAUCAGGUUAGUUUAUGUGAUCAUGAUUAGGACCUUGACGGUAAUAUCCUGUCACUACAACAAUAUCUUAUGUCACUUAUCACAGGAUCC